UUGGUUAGGAAUCACUAAAAGUGGGAGUUUUUAACUUUUUUGAACAUUUCGAGAAAUUUCGUGAUCAAAUCGGUCGUGAUUUCGUGUUCGAAGAACAAAUUCGAGUGGUUCCCCAACUCCCACCGAGCGGGCCGGGAAAGUAGAAAACCGUGAAAAACUGCAGCCUGAGUUGGAAGUUCCGGACGUUCUAGGAGUGCAAAACAAAUCUGGGGAUGGCCCGCCUGGCCGGAAGUAGGUUUAUCGAACCAACAACAGCUGCAGUUCGUAUGUUACGUUAAGAUUGUUUUUCCGUUUUCCAAACAGUAAACUUCUUCUCCCGGCCGUAGUUCCAGUGUGGUUCCCGGAUCUCCCAGCUCAGCCGACGAAGGGCGCACCUGGAUCAUGGACCGUGUGAAGCUGUGCGACCAGAUCCUGCUGCAGAAGCUGCACCUGCUGAGCAAUGAGGUGCUUCGGACGAACCGGGGCAUCACCGAGCGGGACAUGGAGGAAGCCUUUAAACAGUCCAUCGGUUACCGGCCGCCCCGCUUCUUCCCUCCGAACGACGGUACGCUGGCGAUCAUUUACAGUGCGCUAUUCGUGGUGGCACUCUUCAUCGUGACGCCGUUUCUGGCCGGAUUCCUGGAGCUGGCGCUCGGUAUGCGCUGUAUCGUGCCAAACAACUACCUGAUCUGGGAGGCGACGCGCCCCGUCUCGAACUGUGACUUCUGCCGUGGGAUCGAUCGACCGAUCAUUCUGCAGAAUCUGACACGCGACGAGUUCCAACCGUACGCCUACUCCUCUCGACCUAUCAUCAUCAAGCGAGCGGUCUCGCACUGGCCAGCCGUCCGGCUGUUGAACUACACCUUCCUGAAGGAUCUCUACCUGAGGCACCCGGCCGCACUCGAUAGCCUGCAUGAGGACUGCCAGUUUCUACACUUCAAAUCCAACUUCCAGACGCUCCGGGACGUGUUCCGGAUGUCGGACGAGCGGGCCGAGUUUCGGGCCGGCCAGCAACCGUGGUACGUUGGGUGGAGCAACUGCAAUCCGAGUGUGCUCACCGAACUGCGGAAGCUCUACCCGAAGCCCCACUUUCUGCCGGAUGAUGCCGAAAUGCCCAACACAGAUUUUGUGUUUCUUGGUUACGAACAGGGUGCUGUGAUGCAUAUCGAUUACAUACCGCGGCUCAUGUGGCAGGCUCAGUUGCGUGGCAACAAGAGCUGGAUUCUUGCGCCAACACCGGAAUGUGACGCGGUUUGCCGUAGUUUCAGCUUCUACGUAGAACCGGGCGAUGCACUGCUGGUUGAUACGCGCCUCUGGUAUCACGGUACGUUCAUCCACUCCAAGGGCGAGUUCUCACUCACCAUACAGUCGGAGUACGGUUAGAAUGGUGUCUACGGUAUGCGGGUUAACUGAGUAAUUUUCGUUCGUUCGUUCGUGCUUUGGCCAGUGAAAUCCAGCGAACUUCCCAAAGUUUGUGUGUAUAAAAGUGUAUCUAUCGCGUGUGUGUGUGUAUGUGUGUUUUUUGAGUGUGCGAGAGUGCGAGUGCAUGUCUUAGUUCUUAACUUAUUCCGUUGUUUUGUUGUUUUAGUUUACUGUUUUCAAGCUUCGAGAGACUGGUCUUUUUAUAUUUCUUUAUGUGCAAAUUUGAUAUUCGUUUUAACUAGUGCCAUUUUCUUUAUUAAAACUUAUUUAUUGUGAAAAAGAUAACAUAUAACGCCAACCCCUAUCGCGAACACAGUGUAUCGUGCAACACGAUCAUGUAUUCUCCACUUUCUUUUCCUUCAAUAGAGGGUCGCGCUUUUGUACUGAUUUGUUUUGUGUGCUGUUUGAUUCUCAUGCGUAGCCGCAACCGCGAAAAAAACGUUUUCUUAGUUUUCUUAAACUCUUAGUAUUCGACAUUUUUCGGUAUUUUCAUAUAUUUUUUGGUUAUUCAAUCAGCGCUUACCCAGUUGCUGGGUGGCAACACUUCAAAGGUCACUUAGAGAAAAGCAAAAAUGCUAAAAUAUAAAAAACUAAAAGCCUGACAGGCCGAAGAGAUGGUGAAGAGAUAGUAUAUGAUAAUGUGAGGAAAAGAAAAUCAAUUAUUUACAAAGGAACAAACCAAAACGCGAGCCCUCUGGCCGCUGCACGGGCUAUAGAUAAUUAGAAAUAAAACGAAAGCCUAACGAUAAAAUUCUGUUCCUUUCGAGAAUU